CAGGCGAUCACGCUGCGGGAGAGAAACUCCUUCGGGACAUCAAAGAAGGCUUGGAGAAGAUCGACGCCCAGCUGAUGCGCCUUUUGGACAUCGUUGCUCCGCCCACAACCACGCCCGCACCCACCACACCCGUUCCCUUGAAUUCAUCCACUACAACCUCUGGUUCUCCGGCUGUGACCACUGACUCGACGGCUACAACAGAUUCUUCAAAUACAACUACUAAUGCUUCAGUUACAACCACAGAUUCGACGGCUACAACCACGAAUUCUUCAGCUACAACCACUGACCCUCCGGUUACAACAAUUUCUUCAAAUACAACUACUAAUGCUUCAGAUACAACUACAGAUUCGACGGCUACAACCACGAAUUCUUCAGCUACAACCACUAACUCUUCUAUCAUAACAGACCCUUCGGCUACAACUGCCGAAUCCACAAAUUCUUCAACUAUAACCACAUAUCCCUCGGCUAUAACCACUGACUCUUCAAUCAUAACCACAGACCCUGCGGAUUUAACUACAAAUUCUUCAGCAACAACCACAAAUUCCUCAGCUAUAACCACUGAGUCUUCUGCUAUAACCACAGAUCCUUCAUCAAUAACCACAAACACUUCGGUUAUAACCACAGACUCUAAGGCUACAACGACAAAUUCGUCAGCUAUAACCACAGACUCUUCUGUUAUAAUAGAUCCUUCAUCCAUAACCACAGACCCUUCGACUAUAACUGCUGACCCUUCCGUCACAACUACAAAUUCUUCAGCUACAACCAUAGAUCCUUCGACUAUAACCAAUGACUCUUCUGUUAUAAUCACAGACCCAUCGUCUAUAACCACAGACCCUACGGCUACAACCACAAAUUCUUCAGUUACAGACAUAGGCCCUUUUGCAACAACCGCACAUUCUCCAGCUCCUUCGGUUCCAACCACAAAUUCUUCGGCUACAACAAGCUCUCCAUCUACAACCUUUGAUACUCCAACACCCUCAUCAACAUAUUCAAACACAACCAGAGACUUAUCUUCAAACACAACAGUCCCUUCUGAAACAACUAUAGGUUCUGCAAACACAACAGUUGAUUCUUCUGCAAGCAUAGGUUCUGCAAAUUCAACCUCAGCUCCUUUAUCAACUACAGAUUCUUCUGCAAACUCAACAGCUGAUUCUUCUGCAAACUCAACAGUUGAUUCUUUUGAAAGCACAAGUUCUGCAAAUACAACCUCAGAUCCUUUAUCAACUGCAGAUUCUUAUACAAACACAACAGUUGAUCCUUCUGCAACCACAGAUUCUGCAAAUACAACCUCAGGUCCUCCAUCAGUUGGAAGUUCUGCAAACACAACCUCACUUCCGUCAGCCACAACCUUCAAUAAUUUCUCAACGACAAUGCAGGAUUCUUCGACGUCAACUCCUUCGCUCACGUCUGCAGAGUCAGAAUCAGCUGAUACCGAGGAUCAGGAUGGCAAGAUUAGAGACAAGAGGUCAAUCGAGGUCAAUCAUGGGGUCAGCGAGGUCAGGUCAAGUGAGGAGGAUGUAGUGAAUGGGACGAGGACGACUCCACCUGCGAUCUGCAACAAAGAGAACGACCUUUGCACGUGGCUUCUGGAGGUCAUGGAGGGCGUCGAGAAUGUCACCCGGGAGGUCAAGGAAGGCCAUGAGACGAAGGAUACGCUGAAGGAGAUCAAUGCACUCGGUAAAGAACUGCGGCAGGUGGUGGACCAGGUGGAGAGCGACCCGAGAUUCGUAGAGAGUCUUAAGGGGGACGUCUUGGUCUCAGACGUCAGACAACUUCACCAGGGCCUGGGUGAUGCCGAGGGAACUUUGGCCGAGAAGCUGAUAAAGUUAAAUAAGACCAAUCCUUUGCUCUUGAUUCUCCUGGGGGCUAUAGGGGCUGGCAUCCUUCUGGCACUCCUCGUGGUGAGUGCCUUCGCGAUCCACAAGCAGAAGAAUCUGAGGCUGGAGGGAGGUCACGGGAAGAUCAACGGCACGAGCAUCCCUGUCCAGAGCUUCAAGGAGGUGAACGGCUACGACAACCCUUCUUUCCAGCACUCCCCGACCCCCUCCUCCAACCCGAGGUCCUCCUCCAGCCUCCAGCAGUGUCCUCCGCCCACCCUCAUCCCUCGUCCUCGAAGCAGCAUCGAGUCCUACACCCAGCGAGAGACCCCGCGCUCCUCCUUCGACAGCGCAAGCCUCCCGACCGACAACCGUCCUUCCAGUGAUCCUCGAGGAACCUACGACUCGGGGUACAAGAAGACGCCGAGCCCUUACUACAGCGUCCCUCGGCCUCUCGGCGAGACUCGACGCGCGCCCAACGACUCUCGCGAACACCGUCUCUCCGGCAGAAGCGACGACGAAGAGGACUUCCGCGAUCCUUACUCCUUGGAAGGGCGCGGACACAACGUCAAGAGGAUCCACUCGGGUCGCCUCAUGAGGAUCGACCCGUGAAGGAAAAACAAGAGCAAGAAAGAAAGAAAGAAAAAUGGACGUCGGAGAUCAAGAGAAUUUAUUCCUGCUUGAAAAAAAUGGAGGGCGAAGAACUGAAUAAAAAUCAAGAGAAUGUAUUCCUGCUUGAAAAAAA